CACACCAUAGAGGCGUUGCGAAUACCGGAAGUACAAACCAGUGUUGACAGACAGUGUGAGCUGCUGUCAAUGUGUUGAAUGGCAAGAAUGGUGAGGGUUGUUCUGGUGACCGGUGCAAACAGUGGCGUCGGCUUGGCCCUGUGUGAGCGUCUCCUGAGCGACGAUGCUCAGCUGCAGCUGUGUCUGGCCUGCAGGAAUGAGCAGAAGGCCGCCGCGGCCCGUCAGUCCUUGCUCAUCUCCCACCCUAAAGCCCACGUUUCUCUCGUUCGGCUAGACGUGGGCAGCAUGCACUCCAUCCUCAGAGCUGCCGAGGAGAUUAGGCAGAGAUAUAACAGGAUUGACUACCUCUACCUUAAUGCUGGGAUCAUGCCUAGUCCGCAGGUGGAUCUCAGGGCUCUCUAUAAAGGCCUGUUUUCUGGUAAAGCAAUCCACAUGUUUUCUACGGGAGAAGGGCUACUGACACAGAAAGACAGCAUCACAGCUGAUGGUCUACAGCAAGUGUUUGCUACCAACCUGUUCGGUCACUUCUUAUUGGUUCGGGAAUUGGAGCCCCUGUUAUGCCAACCAGGCCACAGCUCUCAGGUGAUCUGGACCUCGUCUAGCAAUGCACGCCGUUCAGCUUUCAGUCUUGAUGACCUGCAGCACAAGCAAGGUGUAGAACCAUACAGCUCCUCUAAAUAUGCAUCUGACCUGCUGAGCCUGGCCUUGAACCGCCAUUAUAACAGCCAGGGUCUGUACUCAUCAGUGACCUGUCCUGGAUUAGUGAUGACUAACCUCACAUAUGGAAUCCUACCCUCCUUCAUCUGGACCCUUAUCAUGCCUAUAAUGUGGCUGAUAAGAAUUUUCACCAAUACUUUCACCCUCACACCUUAUAACGGGGCUGAGGCUUUGUUUUGGCUGUUCAAGCAAAAACCAGAGUCACUGGAUCCAAUGGUCAAAUACCACAGCUUAACCUCUGGACUGGGAAACAAUUACACACGUACUCACAAGAUGGAGAUUGACGACACUACGUCCGCAGCGCUCUAUGAGAACCUUCUAGAAAUGGAGAAAGCGGUGCGAAAGAAACUGAAAGAUGAAGACGUAGAACAUGCUAAAUAAAUAAACCGAUCACAAAGUAUUUAAGCUUUUACAUUUAAAUAGCUCAUGGACAUUUUUAAAUAUAGAUUCCAUGUGGUCUUUAGUUGAAAGAUACUCUCUUCAGUAUAGUUAUUACGAUUUUUAUUUUUUGUGCAUGUACGGAUUACCAUACGAAACACAGGUGUGCCUUAUGUGGUUUCAUUUUAACCAGACACUAAAACAUUCCAACAGUAAAAUAUAUAUAUAUUUUUAAACCUC